AUGACACCACUUAUGGCUAAUGAUUCAGAUAUGUGUUUAACGUUACCUUUGAGUGCAGAUGAUGAAUCUUUCUUCGCACUUCAGUCAGAACUGGAAGCAUUGGAGAAGCAGAUCCACGAUCUACUCGAGAGGCAAACACGUCUGCGAGAACGAAAAAUGGCGCUGGAAACAUCCCGGGCUGACGCUCGCAAAGCUGCGAUCCCAGGCUUCAAGAUCACGACGAGCCGAAAUGAAUUUCACUCCUGCACCUGCACACGCACGGCGAGAGGCGAAAUCCAAGACCGGAGCGAUGAACUCUCCCCCACCGCCGCCACCGGUCUUCGAGAUUUCUACGAGAAAUCGCUAUGCUGCCCUCUGCAAGACGAAAUCCAACGCUGUGGUCAUCGGAGACUCAAUCGUCCGGAACGUACGCGCUUCCUUCAAUGCAGGUAUGGUGCGCACUCACUGUUUUUUCCUGGCGCCCGUGUUCUCGAUGUCUCUGCGCAGGUAACUGCGAUUCUGAAGGAGGAUGCAAGUGUGGGAGCCGUAGUUCUGCACGCGGGGGUCAAUGAUGUGAGAAUGCGGCAGUCGGAGAUCCUGAAGAGGGACUUCAGGAGUCUGGUCGAUACUGUUCGCAACGCAUCGCCCACAGCCAGGAUCAUCAUAUCAGGGCCGCUUCCUACUUACCGACGAGGGAACGAAAAGUUCAGUAGACUAUUUACGCUUAAUAAUUGGUUAAUGUCAUGGUGUAUUGAACAGAAGCUGCUCUUUGUAAAUAAUUUUGAUCUGUUCUGGGAGCGACCAAGGCUCUUCCGCCCCGACGGGCUGCACCCCAGCAGCAUUGGAGCGGAAAUUGAAGGCCUACAUGCCAGAACUCCCAGGCGCACCCCCUUGCUGUCCCCAAAGAAUAAUAAGAGUCGACUGCAGUAUGCCAGAAGUCAUGUGGACAAACCACAGAAGUUUUGGGAUAGUGUUCUGUGGACUGAUGAAACAAAAUUAGAACUGUUUGGGCCCAUGGAUCAACGCUAUGUUUGGAGGAGGAAGAACAAGGCCUAUGAAGAAAAGAACACCUUGCCUACUGUGAAGCAUGGCGGGGGGUCAAUCAUGCUUUGGGGCUGUUUUGCUUCUGCAGGUACUGGGAAGCUUCAGCGUGUGCAAGGUACCAUGAAUUCUCUUCAGUACCAGGAGAUAUUGGAUGACAAUGUGAUGCAGUCCGUCACAAACCUGAGGCUUGGAAGACGUUGGACCUUUCAACAGGACAAUGAUCCCAAGCAUACCUCCAAGUCCACUAGAGCAUGGUUGCAGAUUAAAGGCUGGAACAUUUUGAAGUGGCCAUCGCAGUCACCAGACUUAAAUCCGAUUGAGAACCUCUGGUGGGACUAAAAGAAAGCAGUUGCAGUGCGCAAGCCUAAGAAUGUGACUGAACUGGAGGCUUUUGCCCAUGAUGAAUGGGCGAAGAUACCCUUAGAUCGCUGCAAGACACUUGUGUCAAGCUAUGCUUCACGUUUAAAAGCUGUUAUAACUGUAAAAGGAUGUUGUACUAACUACUAAGAUUGAAUGUCACUUGGGGGUUGAAUAAAACUGAUAAUGAUGUGA